AUGGAAUCCUUCAACUUCAGCAACACUCCUGCUAGCACCAGCACCGAACCUCCCACUGCUCAUCCCAAAGCCUUCCCAAAAUCUACCAAACCUCCACGUCCACGUCGCAAGGUCGGCCUUGACACACCCAUUGCUCAAUUCGUAUCCCGCCGUGGAGAUUAUGGAGAAGAGCAUGGUGAAGAUCAUGGAGAAGAACAUAAGGACUUUCCAAAAACUAUUCGAGAAUACUACGAGCUCGACUCAGCCACACUCAACGAUCUAUCCGCGUGGUUUUAUCAAUUCCGUCCCGAGACCGAAGAAACUAGAGACUAUCCCACGGUUAUUGCUAAUCCGUGGCUCACGUGGAACUGUGAACGACGCAUGUGGAUUGAAACUCCAACCGAUGUUGAAAUCAAGCGCUGCGAGUUCGGUAAGUUUAUCGGGCUAAGUGGUAACCUCGUCGAUCCUCGUAUCAAUCCGCUAAAAUAUAACCCGGCCUUUGACAAGUCGGGGAAGCCUACACCCCCGACAGAACAUUCUGGUAAAACCCCCUCCGGUGCGGUUGCGUCUGAUGCGGGUACUAUGCAAAGACGUGAUAGACAAGACAAACGAAAGGGGUUCUUCGCGCGGCUUGGAUGUGGUAGAUGGUGA